AUGUCUGUGAAAUCGUCGGAACAUGAUGUUCUAUUUGCCGAACACGAGAUGCUGAAGGACAAGUAUGAGACUUUGAGGACAGAGCAUGAAACCUUGAUGAAAACGCAUAUAUACACUUUGAAUGAUCUGGCGAAGAAGCAGAGAGAGGCGUUGGUGGCUAAGGAAGAUGUUGAAAAGUGGGAGAACAAGUUCGGUGAGCUGCAGACGAAGCUAGAGAAGGUCGAAAAUGAGAUCCAAGACUUGAUGACGCUUGAUGAAACCCAGAUGAACGGUGUGGAUUCAGUUUGUGCAGCAGUUGCAGAGAAUCUUAAUGUGAACAGCAACAAUGUACCAAACAAUGUGAUAGAGAUCAGUGACGACGAUGGAGGAAACCAAAGCGAAAGCGAUAGAGGACACUCUAACACAGAGUAUUCCUUCUAUAUCUGA